AUGAGAGACGGGGGGGAGAUCCUCCAGACGGCGAUCCGCGACUUCUUCCUCGAAAUCUCUUGGCGCGUACAGACGAAGAGAACAACAGAGAAACCACAGCCGAACCUAUACAGUUGGCUCGCAGCGUUUCUCCUCAAGCUUCUGAUCGGGACUAUCCUCCGGAAAUCUGGACCUCGAGGCCAUGCAUUGUCAUACAAUCUUUGCCCCAGAGGGUCACAGAGCAGGUCUGAUUUCCUCCAGUAAUAUCUGCUUUCUGAACCCUCCUCUCGGAAUGAUAGGCCUCCCAGAUCUCUUUCUUUGAUCGAGCUAUUUCAUUUUACAAUUAUAGGAAAUUCGACUGCUCUUCGAAGGGUACGCCAUUACCACAGUCGCAUUCGAUGCUAACCACAGUGCGUGGAUACGAUUGCAUAACAAACACAGAGAAAGCAUUCCCUCUCUUGAGCGGCAUCUGCGACGGUCGGUUCUCGGUGGUCGCAAUCUGAAGGAAUUAGUGUCAUUUUGCUCCGACGGCCCUGCGUUGUUCGUCGGAAACAUGCCUGAGGUAGUCGACGAUGAUGCGUUGAGGAGCAUAUUUCAGCGACACGGCAAGAUCGAUCGAGCUUUCGUAAGUUCUUCGAGCAACUUAGUAAUUGAUCUUGAAAUCAUCUGCCUCGGCCCCAAUGUUCUUCGGAAACAUGAGCAGCUCUUUUAUGUGAGAAUGCGUGGUGUUCCAGAUUGCAAGGAAUGCAGAUGGUCGGAGCAAGGGAUUUGGAUUCGUGGAGUACACCGUUGUGUCAGACGUAGGAAGAACCAACUUCGUCAACUUGAAUUCCUAGGAUUGCCGGGGCAGGACACGACCUUAGGCCUUCUUUUUCUUUUCCUUCCAGAGUUGGGCGGACGAGGUGGAAAUCAUGCAUCUCAGUGAUCAAAAUUUAUUCAUUGAGCGGGCAAGAUGGCGAGUGUUCUCUCUGCAUCAAGCAGUUUCACUUGGUGUCUACGGGUUGCCAAUACACUCUCUGCGUGUACGUUCUUAAACACAGGAACAGGAGAAAAAUGUUUUUCCUUUCUCUUAUCUGACAGGGAAGAAGAGAGAUAUCAGCUGAGCGAUCUCACUUCAUCAGUAGACGUGUUCACAUGACAGCAAGCCAGAAUGACGCUGCUCGGUCUCUUCGGAAGAUACGGGAUCACCUUGGGACAUUACAUCGAUACGCAGAACUCCAUGGCUUUCGUUGACUUUUUUACUCAUGAUCAAGCAGACAAUGGUGGGCCUAAUCUUGUGAAUUACUUCAUAUACAUAGUUAUCCGUAAAUAUUGAUUUCUCCACACCUUUGCAAUCGUGAUGGGGAUUGCGUCCAUUAGCCUGGAGGAACCUCAAUGGCUAUCAGAUUGAAGGGAAACGACUAAAGGUGUUCUUCACUAGUCCGGGGAAGAGGGCCGUGGUGACGAAUCCAUUUCUUCACUGAUUUCUUCCUCUUUUUAUUCCCCUUCUUUCUUUUCCCUCCUACGAUGAUCGUUUCUGUUCCAUCCCUGAUUACAGGACAGGAGGUUGGAGCAUGAAGAAGCUAAAACGCUAGAAUCGAUUGAGCAUCGUAAGUACCUUGUUGUUCUCCUUUCUGAUUACAGUUUCCACCUAAUCUUUCAUGGCAUAUUGGAUCUUUUCGAUCCGUCUUUAGGCCUCCAACUCUCGGAUUCAAGAGUACCACUUUCUGGGGUUCAUCUUCGUCCUGAACUUGUGAGAAUAAUCCUCUCUCCCUCUCUCCCUCUCUCCCUCUCUCUCUAUAUAUAUACAGAUGUAUGUGCGUAGAUAGAAAGAUUCUUGAUUAGUUCUUUUUACGGAAACUUUUUAGAAGAAAAUACUGCAUCUUUCAGGGGAUGUGAUUCUGGGUAUUUCAUCUGUUCUUCUGGAUCCCCCUCUGCAGCCAACACGCGGACCCUUUGGACCGAGGAUUCAUGGCCAACCGACGCAUAGACACGCGACCUUCAACCUUCCCCGCCCGGCGCAGCUGCUGCAGCCGCAGCUGACGGCGUUCUCCCACCGGGGCGUUCCCCAGCCGCAGCGGACGGCGCCCGUAGCAGCGAUCCGCCGCCCCUCCUGGCCGAUGAGCGGCGGCAGAGCCCUGCCGCAACUGGGGUAUGUUGACUACCCUCCCCCAGGCCCGUGGGAAGAAGCGGCAGCGUUCCAUGGCUCCUUCCCGUCGAGUAGCAGAGGCCAAGCUCACCCGCCGCAGGCACAUGACCUCUACCCCGCGGGCGGCGGCGCCGCGCAGGCAGCAAUGA